UUGAAAUCGGGCCCAGCCCAUUCUAUCAGUUCACCCUAUAUACUUCUUCCUCCAGCCGCACCAAGCCCUAGCUAGGGUUUCAGCUGUCUGCUGUUAGAUCUGUACCCGCCUAGCCAUUGAUUUGGAAAAGUCCAACUUCAAGGAUGAGUAAGCUUCAGAGUGAUGCUCUAAGAGAAGCUAUCUCAGGAAUCAUGGCUGAUUCCAAGGAAAAGAACAGGAAAUUUGUGGAGACCAUUGAACUCCAAAUUGGGUUGAAAAAUUAUGAUCCCCAGAAGGACAAGCGUUUCAGUGGCUCUGUUAAGUUGCCUCAUAUUCCUCGCCCCAAGAUGAAGAUUUGUAUGCUUGGAGAUGCCCAGCACGUUGAGGAGGCUGAGAAGAUAGGAUUGGACUACAUGGAUGUUGAGGCCUUGAAGAAGCUUAACAAAAACAAAAAGUUGGUGAAAAAACUAGCCAAAAAAUAUCAUGCCUUUUUAGCCUCUGAAGCAGUCAUCAAGCAGAUUCCUCGUCUCUUGGGACCUGGUCUCAACAAGGCAGGGAAGUUCCCUACACUUGUGACUCACCAAGAAUCUCUCGAGUCAAAGGUUAAUGAGACCAAGGCCAUGGUCAAGUUCCAGCUUAAGAAGGUUCUCUGCAUGGGAGUAGCUGUGGGGAAUGUUAGCAUGGAGGAAAAGCAAAUCUUCCAAAAUGUACAACUGAGUGUUAACUUCCUUGUCUCUUUGCUGAAAAAGAAUUGGCAGAACGUUCGCUGCCUAUAUCUGAAGAGUACCAUGGGGAAAUCGUACCGUGUCUUUUGAGUAGUGGUUCUUAAAAUUCAGUGAAUUUCUGAUUGCACUUAAUAUAUUGUCAUGAUAGGUUGGACAGAAUUUUUCAUCGUUCUACAGUUUUGUUGGAUGAGUAUUUUUUGGCUAGUAUUUCUUGUUAUUGACAUUUAUGUUUCAAGUGCUUUGCAACAUCGGAUAAUUUUAGUGGUGCUAAGUUUAAGUA